UUCUAUAUCCUGUGAGCGUUUUUUUCAUUGUGUUUUGCAGUUGGUCCAGAGAGCGUAAAUCUGCGGACGAAGAGAGGGAUCAGCCUAGUACAGGGUGUUUUUAAAGAAAAUUUGAAGCUUUAUAGUGCUUUAGAAUUAUCGGGGCAGCAUAAUGACGGAUAAGAUGGAUAUGUCUCUAGACGACAUUAUCAAGCUGAACAGGCAGGGUAGAGGCGGAGGCCGUGGCGGAAGAGGCCGAGGCCGCGGAGGCACAGGCGGCGCCCGUGGAGGAGGCCCUGGGCGUCUUGGUGGUGGCGGCGGCGGCGGAUUUGGAGGCCGAGGCGGAGGAUCCGGCCCCAUGAGGAACCGACAGAACCUGAGCCGCGCUAGAGGCAGACCAACGCCUUAUAGCAGGCCCAAACAGCUUCCCGAUAAGUGGCAGCACGACAUGUUUGACAACGGCUUCAGUGGCUUCAAUGGGGCUGCUGGUGGUGGCGGAGGAGCUGGCGUUGAAACGGGAGGAAAGCUCCUCGUCUCCAAUCUGGACUUUGGGGUCUCGGACGCAGACAUUCAGGAACUCUUUGCCGAAUUCGGGACCUUAAAGAAAGCUGCAGUUCAUUACGAUCGAUCAGGAAGAAGCCUUGGAACAGCAGAUGUCCACUUUGAAAGGAGGACAGAUGCCCUGAAAGCCAUGAAACAGUACAAUGGCAUUCCUCUUGAUGGGCGGCCUAUGAACAUCCAGCUCGUCACAUCACAGAUUGACACACAGAGGCGGCCUGUUCAGGGUCUGAACAGAGGUGGAGGCAUGAACAGAAAUCGAGGCUUCGGAGGCAUGCAGAGAGGUCGCGGAAUCCGUGGUGGAGGCGGUCCAAGAGGAAGAGGACGAGGAGGACGCGGCGGUAGUACCAAGCAACCAUUAUCGGCAGAAGAGCUCGACGCCCAGUUAGAUGCCUACAAUGCCAGGAUGGAUACCAGUUAAGGAAACCUCUCACCCUAGUUGACGUCGUCCCUCCCCGUCUGCACGGAAAGGGGUGGUUGUUACAAAUGUGCAGAAUAUUUUACACUUGUCUUGUGAUUGAAAUUGUUCCAGCCUCUUCUUUUAAAUACUCCAAAGUGUUUUUUACCAAGUUUUUUUUUUUUUUUUGAUAAAAAUGGUUUAUCUGUAGGUUAACUGCUGAGCUGAGUUUUCUCGGUUUAUCCCAACCCUGUAGUGAAUGGAACUUGUAAUAAAAACCUGCAGUAUAUAUUAACAAAGAAA